UCGAAUAUAAAACCUCGUCGCGGUUUACCGCCAGUCUUCUAAACCCCGCACGUUGCUUCGCUAUGUCGUCCACGUCGUCUAUGGUUCUGGGUUAUUGGGAUAUUCGCGGGCUGGCGCAUGCGAUCCGCCUGCUUCUGGAGUUCACGGAUACAUCCUAUGAGGAGAAACGGUACAUUUGCGGGGAAGCUCCUGACUAUGAUCGAAGCCAAUGGCUGGAUGUGAAGUUCAAGCUAGACCUGGACUUUCCUAAUCUUCCCUAUCUCAUGGAUGGGAACAACAAGAUCACCCAGAGUAAUGCCAUCUUGCGCUACAUCGCUCGCAAGCACAACAUGUGUGGUGAUACCGAAGAAGAAAAGAUUCGAGUAGACAUCAUGGAGAACCAAAUAAUGGAUUUCCGCAUGCAACUGAUUCGCCUCUGCUACAACUCUGAUCAUGAAAAAAUGAAGCCUCAGUACUUGGAACAGCUACCUGGACAACUGAAACUAUUCUCCUUGUUCCUGGGGAAAUACUCAUGGUUUGCAGGGGAAAAGCUUACCUUUGUGGAUUUUCUCACCUAUGAUGUCUUAGACCAGAACCGUAUGUUCGAGCCUAAGUGCCUGGAUGAGUUCCCAAAUCUGAAGGCUUUCAUGUGCCGCUUUGAGUUUUCGGUGGACACAACAUCUUUGUAUGUGGUUCUGAGGAUCGAACCAGGGCUGCACACAUGCCAGGCGAACGCGCUACCACUUGAGCCACAUCCCCAGCUCCUCAAAACUAGUUUUAAGGAAACAAAACUUAGGGUAACUGAUUCCUAUGGAAAUUGAAUUGUCAUCAACUAUUCCAUUACGUAGCAAAGUCAGAAGUCCUUACAAAGAAACUCUUACAGCCUUAGGAGUUACCUGUGGGCCAGAUUGCUAUCCCCUGUGGACCAGAAGCCAAGGAUCUCUCUGUAGUGAGGGGGAAAGGGCUUGAUGACUAUAAGACCCAAUGAUGUAAGGAGGUGGCCUCAAGAUGGGUAACACAGACAUGUUCAACUGCCACCCCUGCCAGCAAUAGUUUGUCCAGCCCAACUUUUUAGGUAUGGGGAACAUUUUGCUAUAAGAGGUGUAAAGACAAGAAGUUUCUCUUCAGUCUAAUAACACAUAAAUUUGCAGCAUAUGAGGGAGUGGUGUGCUGUAGGGAAACCUUUUGGACUUAAAAGAAUUGAGCAUGCCUUGGGGACUAAAUAGAUGACAACCAAAAAUGAAAAGGGGAUAUUUUAUUUAUUGUUGUAUAAUGAUAUUACCACAAAUUUAGCAGCUGACAUUUUUCAUCUCAGUUUUUAUGGGUCAGGAGUCUGGCUCAGCUUUAUUGGGUGCUCAGCUGUUUUCAUCCCAAAGCUACACUCAAAAUGUCAGUCAGGAAUAUGACAUUAGCUCAAGGAUCAAUUGGAGGAGGACCUCCUUCCAAGUUUAUGUGAUUGCUGUUAGAAUUCAGUUCUUUGUUGACUGCUGGACAGAGAACCUUAGUUUCUUGCUGGCUGCCAGCUAGAGACCAGCUUCCCUUCCUUGCAAAAGGCUGCUCACCAUGUCCACUUGUUUCAUCAAAGCCAGUAAAGAAGUCUGGAAAGAAGGACACAGGAUUCUUUGACAUUACAUUGCUUUAUCCUUUUCUAUCAGAGGCAAGUCACAGGUCCUGUCCACAAUCAAGGGGAGGGGAUUGCACAGACAUGAGUACCAGGAGGCAAGUUAUGGGAACCAUCUUACAAUCUUCACCACAGGGUAAGAGACAAGGAAACAGGAAGUCAGUCCUGCAAUCCUCUGUGUAAAGAAUUCUGGAAAAGACAGUGACAGGAGAGAGCAGCAUGGUAAGAGUUGAGCAGUCUCAAGUGAAAAGUUUAAAAAGCAUAGGUCUGUGGUUAAAAUGUAUUUCAUGCGCAUUGCAGAUAAUAGACAAAGUACAUCUUCUAAUUUUUUUCUAGGUGUUAGGUUAGUGAUUAUCCACUUAACAUUUACCCAUAACAAGCUUAUUGACCCAGAAAGCUGGGAAGGCCACUGAAAGGCACAGAUCCUUUCCACAAGAGAGGUUGUUUCCCAAUCCCCAGUCAGCCCCUUAACUCUAUUUGUAACACAGACCAAGAAAAGAAUGCAAUCACACUGGAUGCAUUCGAGCAAGGAACAGUUUUCAAGGUGGGGAAAAGCCUAUUAUCCCACAGGCACACAGGUGAAAACAUUGAGAAAUUAGUGUACUGAUUUAUAAAAGCCUCAUUAAGAAAAACACCUCUUGAUGGGUGCAUUAAAUUUGGUGGAGCAGUUCCCCCAAAGUAUUAGGGAAACUUGAUUAUAUUCAUUGUCAAAUGUUAAGCAACUGGGUUAAAGCAUUUCAAGCCAAAAGGAAAUAACUUAUGUGAUUAAAAAAAAUUAAUUGCAGAAGUUAUUUCACUGCCUCAAUGAGCAGAGUGGGGAUGCUGAUACAUAUAGACACGAAUCUGCUUUAAAGUCAUCUUUAGAGGGAUUUAUGAGAACACCUGGCCUGUAUAUAGAAAUAUACAUUCCUUACCCUUCAGCUGCAGGACAGGUGUCUCAAAUGAACUGACGAAGAGGGACUUAGGGAGUUCAGAUAGAUAGUGAGGGGGAGGGGAAGGAUUGAAAGUUAACCAGUGCUUUUUCUAAUGUGAAGAUUUUCUCAUUCCCCUGCUUAAAUACCAUUCAUAGCUUCUGAGGCCUCAGUAAAAUAACUGUUUCCCCCAAUUUACCUUCAUAAUCUGACCUCUGCUUCCUUUACAGCUAUAUCUUUUGGCAUGUGUCCUCUCCCCUGGCCCUGGAGUGCUGGGUUCAGAGAGUUACAUAGUAUGGAUUGAGGAGCCAGGACUGCUGGCUCUGCCACAACUCAUCAGUGGCCUCCUGUGUACAGUAUCUUUUCUGAUAAGUGAAUCCUCCCCUAUAAGUUGUGAGCACUAAGUCAAUAUUUCUAGAACAUUUAGGACAGAUCAAUGUUACAUAAGUUUGUAAAACUAAAUUAUCCUGAAGCAUCAUGUUCUCUUUUGUAUUUUCACACUUUUGUACUUACUAUCCCUUAAAUCCUGCCCUCCAUGCUCCACCCCUGGUCUUGCUUAAUGCCUACUCAUCUUCUAACCCAAGCCUAGAAAUUACGUUUGAGAAUCAAACCACUGUGAAAGUGGUUAGUGAUAGUCACCAAUGAUUCCUGAUUGCUUUUCCUGUGGGAAAGCUUCAGAUCCUCUUGAACUUCAGUGUAGCCUUGUGACUUGCUUUGGCCAAUUAAACAUGAAUAGAAAUUAUGCUCUUUUUCCAAGCAAAAACUUGAGGAACCAAUGCAAAAGUUGUCAUGUCCACCUCUUAUUAUGUGAGGCUACUACCCUAGCAUCUUGUGUCAAGUUGAAGACAUCAUCAAUCUUGGUGUCUAAUUGACUAGGAAGAAUAGGGAUCCCUAUAACCACAGUGGGGCAUGAAAAUUAAGGAAUACACACAUAUUAAGCUACUGAGCUUUGCUUAUUCUGACUGACAUUCCUUCUCCUCUCCCAGGCUAACUUAAAUGCACUUAUUUUAAAUCUUUGCUCCCCUAGAAUUGUUUUCUUGUGUCAGCACUUAAAAAAUUGAAUUCCAGUUGCUUUUUUUAAAUCUUUUUAAAUUUUUUUUAAUUAGUUACACAUGACAUUAUAAAUCUCAUUAUAUUUCAAAUGAGAAGGGAACUGCAGGAGUGUAGAAAAUGUAGGGUGGCCAUUAAUUCUCACAGGUAGGACUUGCUUCAGUAAGGGAUUUGGAGACUACCCCACAAUGUCGACUUAGUUGUGAAAAGACAGAUCUGAUUGUAAGGAGUAUGAAUUAGCAUUAACAGGCAUCUUGACAUAUCAUACAUUUGAAUCAGAUGGGAUAUAAUUUCUCAUUUUUCUGAGUGUACAGGUUGCAGAAUUACAUUGGUCAUGCAGUCACGCAUAUACCUACAGCAAAAAUAUGUCUGUUUUAUUCUGCUGUCCUUCCAUUCCCCUCUUCCCGUCCCCUCCCCUCCAGUUGCUUUUUUAGAUCUCUGUUUCUGCCAGUAGUAAGUCACCAGAGAGCAGUGACUACAUUUUUAUAUUUAUGCUUGCAUAGAGCCUGACAUAAAGCAAGGCUUACAACUAUAUGUUGAAUCCCUGUCUUCUAAUGAGGAUUGAAAUGAGAAAAGAGUGCGCUUUGAGUAAGUGCUAAAUGCCCUCAAGGAACUUUUAAAAAUUCCUUUCUGUUCUGGUUGGGAGGAAGAACAGAAAAGUGGAAUGCCCUGUUCUUAAAACAGAUUUCAGGUUGAAGUGUUUGGAAUCAGGACAGAAGUUCAGGUUCAGGGAAGUUUCUGAGGACCAGCAAAGAAGUCUGAGGUCAGAAAGUGGGUUAUUUGAUUUCAUGGUCUGGUUCACUCUUUGCUUAGACUAAAUUGGAAUGAAAUACUUUGGGGUUUGGUUUUGUUUUGGUUUUGAGUCUCAUUAAGUUGGGAGACUGGAGCUCCUGAUCCUCCAACCUCAGUCUCCCAAGUACUUGGGAUUACAGGCAUAUGGUGUCUGAAAUACUUUUGAAAACUAACAUGGAUGGGAUCUUCAUGUUCUUAUGGUAUUUUCAAUGGAAAUAGAGGUGACUCAUAUGUGGGAUUUAAAUCCAAAAGAAAAAAUUAGAUGGAUACGUAUAUAUUUGACUUUGAAGUUAGUAGGUGCUAACUACUGUGUGUUCUCACUGGUUUUCAAUAGAAUAAGAAUAGAACAGUAGGAUAAUAUACAUGUCAUGUUAGAAGUUUGAAAGAAAAGUAGAAUUAUUAGGUCUGAAUUUUCUCUGAUAUGGUGCAGUGUUUCCAAUUCUAUCAGCAGAUAUUCUUUUUGAACUGUGAUUGAAACCCUCUCAGCUUUCUUCUAAAAUUAUAUUUCAAAUGAGAAGGGAACUGCAGGAAUGUAGAAAAUGUAGGGUGGCCGUUAAUUCUCACAGGUAGGACUUGCUUCAGUAAGGGAUUUGGAGACUACCCCACGAUGUAGACUUGGUUGCCAAAAGACAGAUCUGAUUGUAAGGAGUGUGAAUUAGCAUUAACAGGCAGAGUUGCUCUGAAAUGCACCAGGAUAGGCCCCUGUUGCUCUCUGAUUCUAAGCCUUGAAUUAUAAUGUGAUAAUGGCUGCCAGUUUCCAUUUGUCAUCAAUAGAGAUUUCACUUAUCAUACAUGCCACAUGAGUAAGGAAAUGUAGAGUAAUAAAGUGGAUAACACUGAACCUGAGAGGGGGGUCACCAGAGAGAUGGAGACAAGAGCCAAUCCAAGGAGUGACUUUCAUUUGCUCGUAUCAAUAUUUAGUAUAAAAGGUUUAUAAGCAACAUCUCUUUGGAAUCUUGUAAUCAAAGAAGGCCAUUCUGCAAGCAUUGUAAAUAAACAAACCAGCUCAUUUGCAAAUAUGAGCACAAUUUGUCUACUGCAUUGGAUGGCUCACUGACUUUUCUGUUUCUGCCACUAAACUGUAAAUCACCAGAGGGCAGGGACUAAAUUUUUCUAUUUAGUGCUUCCACUUCCUAUUCCCUUACUAUUUUAUAAAGGGUGUAUUACAAGUCAUCAACAUUAUGCUUUGGUCUGUCAUUUUCAAAAUAUCAACAUUUGGGAUUAUUUCUGUUUGUUUACUUUUAUACAACUUUUAUGCAUCCUUCUUAAGUAAAAAAUUCUCAUAUUAGAAGGCCCCUGCCCCAAGGUAGGACACUGCUAGUUGACUCUCAAUAUCCAUUCUUCCCAUUUUCUUUUGUCAUAGAAUCUCCAUCUUCCCAGGCAAAAGAUGUCAUUUCUGAUAUGAUUAAGUUCUACAAUGAUAGCAGAAGUGUCAUAUGUCAUUUCCAGGAAAUUUCCUUAAAAGAGAGGGAACAAUCCCCAAUCCUCUUUCUCCUUCCUGCUGUUUGGAAUGCAGAUAUAAUGGUUGGAAGUAUAGCAGCUAUUUGGGACUACGUGGUGACAUAAAAAAUGGAAACCAUAUGCUGAGCCAUGACGCCAGCCCUGUUUUGUAUUUUAUUUAGAGACAGGGUCUCACUAAGUUGCAUAGUGCCUCGCUUUUGCUGAGGCUGAUUUUGAACUCGUGAUCCUCCUGCCAUAACCUCCGGAGUUGUUGGGAUUACAGGCGUGCGCCACCAUGCCCAGCUAGUUCACCUAUUCUGAUUACUGAUACAGUUGGUUUCUGGUGUCUUACUUUAACUGUUAGGUGAGGUCAUGUUUCCCUGAAAGUUUUUGAUACAUCUUGGUGUAUGGCAUCAAUCAUCUGGACAUUAAAGGCUUAGGUAUUUAUUUCAGUUUUUUGUAAUCUGGCUUUGAGCCUGUCUUUCCAGAAACCCUAAGCAGACUGCUUAUUUUCUCUGCACCCAUAGUCACUUUCACUAUUUCAGCACUGGAUGGUGGCCUGAGUCUAUGUUUGCUCUGAGUCUACUGCUGGAGUUUUGUUGCUGUUUACCACUAGAGGGUGUUUGGAGCUCAGAUUUGUCCCAAAUACACAGGUGGUGUAUUCAGCAUGAAGCAGGGGAGUAUCUAACAAAGGGAAAUUCAUCCCCUCAACCCUUCCGUGGGGCCAGGCUCUGCCAACAUGACUCAUUCUCAACUACUGGCCUAUGGUCCAGCACUGCAAAAUUCUGCCUAGUUCUGGCAGAAUCAUCAUGGAGGGCCUAGCCUUAUGCUUGUAUGUAACACCUGUGGCCACCAAUGACAGAAUGCUGUGUCAUAACCUAAGCCCACUGCACGACACAGGGGAAGGACCAAGGCCUACAAUACCAUGGGCUGCCUAUGCUGCGGUGGACUCAUGGCUCAGGAUCACCACAGCCAGCUACCUGCGAUGCUGAUCAGGAUAGAAGUCCAACUCUGCCUGACACAGGCUGGUUCAGAGGCCCAUCCAUGGGCACUUGCCUGUGGGUGGUGGCUUUUAGGACGUGCCCAGUGUUAGAUUUCACCAGCACUGGGUUCCAGGCAAAGUGCUGUGCUUACUAUUUAUCUUACUCCAGCAACUGGAGUCUUAUUUCAUACUGUGGCCUGAGACUGAGACAGUGUUGAUGAAGGUAGUCCCUUGACCUCUGAAGUUGACACUAAGCUGGAUCACACCAGAAUCUCACAGCAUCAGAGAGUUACUAGUCUCAAGGAAGAAUUUCUCCAGGCCCAUUCCAAGACUGUCAGUGAUCAAGGCCAAAACAUGAGUCUGUCCCACCAACCAUAGAUCUCUACCUACUGGGAAAGAUCAGAGGCUUUAUCUGUGGGCUCUGUCCUGAGUAUAGGGGCCUUUGGGUUUUGUCUGCCAUCACAACACGUGACGAAAUCAGACAGGGUCACUCCAGAUGAAUUGGGGUGGCACAAUAAUAAUCUCACACAGACAGAGAAAAUAUCUUUUUCUUGGGGUUCAGCGAUGGCUCCUCAUCAGCUCCCACAAGGGAAGCAAGAGAGGGAGGGGGGGAAGAGAGAGAGAACGCCAGAAGCCCUAAUUAUUGAGGGGAAGGCACUUGAGAAAGUUCCACCCUAAUGAGGCAAGGGAUUGGGUUUCAGGGGGGUGUAGCCCAGUCCCAUUGGCCUCAUUCCCCUGCAGAGCAGAGGUGGGGAUCCAUCUGCUUCUGGAGCAGGAAAGCCUUCUCCACACAUCCAUCGCCCAAGGCUAAGGGUCAUGCUCAGCUCCUUUUCAUGGCGGCUCUCGACAGUCUGCUGCUAGGUCUCAUCACAACAGGACUGCACAGGCAAAGCCCUUUGCAGCUUUUCUACCCUACUCCCCAGUGAGUGGAAUCUUGCUCACCCUCUGCUGCCCACAGUUGGAGGAGGGUUGAAGGAGGCAGCCCCUUGGCCCCCUGGUGAACACAGUUCUAGCAGCUCAGUCUGCAGAUACUACCAUUGGGGCUCUGCAGAUCCAAGGUUUCACAAUGGCAGACCUGGCAUUGGGUUUCAGGUGUGAGGCCUGGACUUAAUUCCUUCUCUCUCUCCUAAGUCAGAGGCAUCUUUCUCCAUGCUGCUGGAGUUGGGGAAGGAGUGACAUGGGCAACCCUUUCCUUGUUGCUUUCUUUAAUACACCUUUUCUUAUUAUAAUGCUAAAACCUCUAUGGUCUUUCCCCUAGAUUCCUUAACUCUUGUGAACAGUUUGGUGUGUGAGCAGCUGUCCAAAUUGGUGUGUCUGUGAGGAGACAAUUGAUAGAGGAUCUGUCAAUCUACCAAUUUGCUCCAUCUUUCUCUAUUUUUAAUUUUUUGAGUAACUGCCAUACUGAUUUCCACAGUGGCUGUACUAUCGUACAUUCCCACCAACUGGGAAUAAAAGUUCCAAUUUCUCACAGCUUCACACAACUUACUGUUUUCUGCAUUUUCAUAGUAGUCAUCCUAAUGUGUGUGAGGUAAAACCUCAUGGUAGUUCUGAUGUACCUUUCUCUAACGAUUAGUGAUAUUGAACAUUUUUUUAGAUGUUUACUGGCAUUUGAAUAUACUUUUUGGAAAAUGUCUAUUCAGGUCCUUUGCCCAUUUUUAAAAGAGGUUGUUUGAUUUCUAUGAUGAUGAAAUACUGAAUCUGCCCUCACGUAUGAUUUGGAGAGCAGCUUCCUCAUGCUGAGAACAGAAGCUGAGUGGCUGUGUGUCCCUGUCCCCCAUGGCCUGACAGAUACCAAGGAAGCUGAGAAGGGAAACUGCCCCCUCACAAGUUAGCACAAGCUAACUAAAUCUACCUAUAUACAUUUCCUGACUUUUCUCUCUCUGCAGACUCUUUUAAAGCUUUUCUUGACUUCAGGGAUUUCGAAGAUAAAACUUUUAAAAUUGUAAGUUUCUUCCAUUUUCCUUCAAAUCUGGCUGUGAAUAAAACAUAUUUUUCCACUAA